AUGCGUUUCAUAUCGGAGCGAACAUCGAUUCCAGUUCCAAGAGUUAUAUGUGCUUUCACACACUGUCAAAAGACGUAUAUCUUGAUGGAGAGAAUUAAGGGGGAUAUGAUUGGAGUUGGUUGGGUACGACGGGAUGAGGAAUCAAAAGCUAAGCUACUUUCAAAACUGAAGUCUAUGAUUCAAGAGAUGCGAGAAAUCCCAGCGCCAGAAGGCACAAAGAUAGCUUCUGCUGAUGGCGGAUCCAUGUUUGACUGCCGCUUACCAGGCACUUCCUUCAAAAUGUUGCGUUUUGGUCCAUUUAACGGCAUUCAGGACUUCCAUCGGCAUUUACGAAGUGGUAUCGAAUUUGAUCCUACAUGUACUUUUGAUCCUGAGAUUCAAGAGUUCAUCACACAGCACGGCAAAUCAUGGCCUUUAAAAUUUACUCACGGCGACCUGAGCAGCCUCAAUAUUCUUAUUCGCGGAGAUGAUAUUGUUGGAAUCAUUGAUUGGGAAACUUCUGGCUGGUAUCCAUCAUAUUGGGAAUACACCACUGCUUAUCAAGUCAAUCCACAAAAUUCUUUUUGGGUCAAUGAGAUUGAUAAGUUUCUCCUUCCCAUGCCUGAAGAGCUAGCAAUGGAACGAACUCGCCAGAAAUACUUUGGAGUUAUUUGA